UGCCGCCGCCGUUUCCGGCCGAGCCGGGGGAGGAGGCACCGGGGCGGUGGGACUCGGCCGGAACAUGGCGGCGCGCUGGGCCGCCCGCUGCCUGUGGGGCGGGCGGGAGGGCCGCCGGUUCAUCUCCACACCAGCUGUUUCUCGACUGACAUCAGAUGAAGUGAUUCAGAUGCGUAAUGAGCUCUUCACCAAAGAGAAAGAGAGACAGUUGUCUCUUCAUCCACGAAUUGAGAAAAUCGAAGUAAAAUACACUGGGAAAUCGCACCCUGGCACUGUGUUUGUAAUGAACAAAGCUUUGUCUACUCCAUACAAUUGUGCCAUGCACUUAAGUGAGUGGCAUUGCAAGAAAUCCGUUCUAGCUCUUGUGGAUGGUGAAGUCUGGGAUAUGUACAGACCCUUGACCAAAUCAUGUGAAAUUCAGUUCCUUACUUUCAAAGAUGACAAUCCAGAGGAAGUAAACAAGGCCUAUUGGCGUUCCUGUGCCAUGAUCAUGGCAUGUGUGUUAAAGCGGGCAUUCAAAGAUGAGUACUCAGUCAAUCUGAUUAAAGCUCCAGAAGUGCCAGUAAUCUCUGGAGCUUUCUGUUAUGAUGUAAUUUUGGACAAUAAGCUGAAUGACUGGAGACCAACAAACGACAACUUCCGUUCUCUUACAAGGGCUGCCAGAAAGCUAAUUGAUAAAGACCUGCCAUUUGAAACACUGCAUGUUGAAGUAAAAGUAGCACGUGAAAUGUUUCAGCAUAACAGAUACAAAAUGGAGAUGAUAGAACAAAAAGCAUCUCAGAAUAUGGAAGGAAUUGUAACGUUACAUAGGUUUGGUGACUUUGUAGAUGUUAGUGAAGGCCCUCAUAUUCCAAGGACAAGUUUCUGUUUUCAGUAUGAGAUAACGGCAGCCCAUAAUCUUCAGACUAACCAAUCUGAAUUGAUAAGGCGGUUCCAGGGUGUGUCCCUGCCAAUCCAUUUGAAGGCUCACCACACCGUGUGGCACAAACUGCUGGAAAGAUCGAAGAGGCUGCAGGUCACUGAAGAAAAAUAUUUGGAAGCAGCAGUAGAAUGUCAUGAGCCAAAAGAUGGAACUGAAGAAGGAAAAACUGUAUCAAUUUAAAUUAACUGUAACCUCUAAAUGUACAUAAUAAAAUGUGUAUUUUUACA